AUGCAGUUCCCUGCCCCCGACCUGUUCUCUUCUCGUCGUCUACUUUUAGUCACAGACCAACUUCCAGCUCCAGCUGAUUUUUUACUGCAUCGGUUCCUUCACUUGCACCUGAAGCAAAGCAAAACCGCAAAAUGUAUUGUUCUCGCUGUAUCCGAAAGCCUCGAGCGCUGGAAAUCAGUAGCUUCAAAGGCCAACGUCAAUGUAGCCCAUAGCGAAUUUUUUCAAUUCAUAGAUGUAUUCGACCAGCAUCCACCAUCACAAAAUCGAGGAGUGGGGCAUUUGAAUGUUAUCUCUCUAAAUUAUCGGACUCGAGAACCUAUGGCCAAAUCAAUCCCACUCGUAAUUCUGGAUGACAUCACAUCGCUCGAAUGGCUCGGGAUUUCGCUGCUUGACCUGUUGCGGUUUACUCGUGCUCUAAGAACCCUCUGUGUCAAGAUGGAUGCAGCAUUGGUUGUCAGACAUCACAUUGUCACUCCACCAGAGCCAGAUGCACUCUUGCAGCACUUGCUUCAACUAUGCACCUAUCACAUCGAGGUCAGGCCUUUAGCCAGCGGGCGAAGCGGUGCAGUGAGCGGAGAGAUAUCUGUGCAUUUAGGGCCUAGCAUGAAAGAUACAAAUGAACAUGUUGUAUCUCACUUUGCUGCGUUCUUCGACAAGGGCACAAGUACAGGAGUUCUGUAA